AUGCGGUACUUCUCUGCUACUCUGUUAUUGCUUUCAGUAUCUGCUGUCGUCAACGGGCAGUAUUUCUGCAACGCUGGUACCCAUGACCCUUCACUUAAAUGUUCAUCGGGACAAUUUGUGUAUUGUUGCGAUGGAAUUGGACUCACCCAGGAAGAUCCAACCCGCAAACAAGGUUUUCCCACAUACCGCUCGUGCCGACAAGAAGGCAAUAAAUGCACUGUGAAGAAUAAUGCUGGUACUCUUCUCUACGGAUUUGCCUCUUGCGUGAGUACACAUUUGAACUUGGCUAUUUCUCUACUAAUCUAAUACGAAAAGUGUUGA